AUUUUUUUGGUACCCGAUUGGUUAAGAAACAGAAAAUCUGAAACCCUAAGUAGACUCCGUUUUCGCUCUCUCCCUCUCGUCUCGAACCUUCCUCGAUCUCUGUCCCCUUCUCCAUCACUCUGCUUAAUCAAAUUUGCGCGGGAAAUUGGAUACCCUAAGAACAACCUCUUUCUCUCGUUUCCGCUGCUUUGGAUUUGUUUGGGCGCCAGAGGGCUGAAAUUGAAUACAGGCCGCAGCUAGAUUUCUCAACGAGAUCUGGUUUCUCAAACGUGAAUGGUAUUGCAGUGAUCAUGCAAAAGAAAUUUAGAUUGAGAUAAAGAAGAUGGAACCUGAACGUACCAAAUUCGGAGGUCCCAGAGAGUUGUGUGGUGCUGUGGAUCUUAUAUCUCAAUACAAACUACUUCAACACCAUGAAUUCUUUUGCAAAAAAUCACUUCCCGCAUCACUAUCAGAUGCCCAUUAUCUUCAUAAUGUGGUUGGGGACACCGAGAUCAGAAAAGGGGAAGGAAUGCAAUUAGAUCAGCUUAUUCAGAACACGUUACAGAGCCGGGAGACUAACACCCGCAUCCAACCUUUUGAUAUAGAUGAGCUUAAGGAGGCUUUCCAACUAAAUGAUACGACUCCUGUUGAAUUGCCUCUAGCAGAGAAGGGAGCUCCUACGAUUGCAUCAAAGUCAAAAAGUGAGUCAAAAGAUAAAGACAGGAAACAUAAAAAACACAAGGACAGGGAUAAGGAAAAAGAUAGAGAGCAUAAGAAGCACAAGCACAAGCAUAAAGAUAGAAGCAAAGAUAAAGAUAAAGACAAGGACCGGGACAGAAAGAAGGACAAAAAUGGCCACCACGAUUCGGGCGAUCACUCUAAGAGACAUCAUGAUAAGAAAAGAAAACACGAUGGAGAUGAAGAUCUUAAUGACGUCCAGAGGCACAAGAAAAACAAGCAUAAGAGCUCAAAGCUUGAUGAGAUGGGUGCAAUAAGGGUUGCUGGCUAAAGUGUAGAAAUUCCCAAUUUUGUAUUCUGCACUCGAGUAGGUGUCAUGGAGUGGUUUAGAAGCACUUUUCAACACAGUGUAGACAACUUAUUAGGUUAAAAGCCGAAAAUGGUGAAUUCAUCCUUUGAGAAGAAAGGGAAAUUUGUGAAGAAGCAGAAUUCGUAUCAUAAUUGAUUUGGUGGCAGCUUUGUAACAUUUUGGUCUUCGGGUGUUUUAUUUCAUCUCUUCCAGUCUUCUGUCUAUAACAACAACACUACUCAGUGUUUUAUUCAUGUAAAAUAAUUUGUUAUCUAAUUAAUGUAGUUGAAAAAGGAAUUGUUUAAUCCACUUAUUACAUUACUUUGUGUA